UAUUUUUCCUCCAAAAUAUAUUUUCUGGAAAAUUGCUUUAAAGGUAUUUAUCUUAAUUGCUUUUUAAUUUUUUUUCAGGGAGUGCUGGAACACCUGUUAUCUUCAAUGAAAAUGGAGAUGCUCCUGGACGCUAUGAUAUUUUUCAGUAUCAAAUCACCAACAAGAGUACAGAAUACAAAGUAAUUGGUCAGUGGACUAACCAACUUCAUCUAAAUGUAGAAGACAUGCAGUGGGCUAACAGAGAACACACUCACCCAGCAUCUGUCUGCAGCCUGCCCUGUAAAGCUGGGGAAAGAAAGAAAACCGUGAAGGGAGUGCCCUGCUGCUGGCACUGCGAACGCUGUGAGGGGUACCAUUACCAGGUGGAUGAAUUCAACUGUGAACUGUGCCCCAUUAAUAAGAGACCAAACACCAACCGUACGGAUUGCCAGCUUAUCCCUAUAAUCAAACUGGAAUGGCAUUCUCCUUGGGCCGUCGUGCCCGUCUUCAUAGCUAUUCUCGGUAUAAUUGCCACCACCUUUGUGAUUGUGACAUUUGUCCGGUACAAUGACACACCGAUCGUCAGGGCCUCUGGACGGGAGCUCAGUUACGUGCUCUUGACUGGGAUUUUUCUCUGUUACUCCAUUACUUUUUUAAUGAUUGCAACUCCUGAUACAGUGGUCUGCUCAUUUAGAAGGAUCUUUUUAGGACUCGGCAUGUGUUUCAGCUAUGCUGCCUUGCUUACCAAAACAAACAGGAUUCACAGAAUAUUUGAACAAGGUAAAAAAUCUGUCACAGCUCCCAAAUUUAUUAGUCCAGCUUCCCAGCUGGUGAUCACUUUCAGCCUCAUAUCCAUGCAGCUUAUUGGAGUCUUCAUCUGGUUUGCUAUCGAUCCACCACAUAUCAUCGUAGACUAUGGAGAACAGAGGACACUUGAACCAGAAAAUGCCAGGGGAGUUCUCAAAUGUGACAUUUCAGAUCUUUCUCUCAUUUGUUCCCUUGGAUACAGUAUUCUCUUGAUGGUCACAUGCACUGUUUAUGCUAUUAAAACAAGAGGGGUUCCAGAGACCUUCAACGAAGCAAAACCCAUUGGAUUUACUAUGUACACUACCUGCAUAAUUUGGUUAGCUUUUAUUCCAAUCUUUUUUGGUACGGCCCAAUCAGCAGAGAAGGUGGAUGAAUCAUGUUCAUUCACAGAUAAUAAAGACAUCAUUUAUUAUAUUAACCUGGAAAGACUCUGUCUUGAAUGA